AUGAUUGUGCGAAGAAUAUUUUCCGGGAUACAGCCAACCGGCUUAGUUCAUCUGGGAAACUACUUCGGCGCUGUCAAGCAGUGGAAAACAUUUAUUGAUGAUGAUAGUCGUGCCAAACCGAUUUUCAGCAUCGUUGAUCUUCAUGCCAUAACUCUACCGCAGAAUCCCGCAGAGCUGCGAAACGGGGUCGAAUCCAUGGCUGCAAGUCUUAUUGCUUGUGGCAUAGACCCCGCAAAAUGUAUCCUGUUCCGUCAAUCAGAUGUUGGUGAGCACACUUCCUUAAGUUGGGUACUGGGGUGUCUGGCCACGUUACCCCGAUUGAGUCAGUUGCCGCAGUUCAAGGAAAAAUCAGAGAAAAUCCGGGAUGUCCCGCUGGGCUUGUAUGUUUAUCCAGUUUUGCAAAGCGCAGAUAUUCUUCUUUACAAAGCCACGGAUGUCCCUGUAGGGGAAGAUAAUCUGCAGAAUGUGUACUUCGCCCAACAUAUGGCUCGCGUUUUCAAUCAUCGUUUCGGAACUGAGUUUUUCCCCAGGAUAAAAAGUAUAGUUUUAGAAGAUGGUUCAGCCCGUAUAAGAUCCCUGCGCAAUCCUGAAAAGAAGAUGUCGAAAUCAGAUCCUGAUCCGAAGAGCCGGAUCAGUAUAAUUGACUCGGAAGACGAAGUUGUGGAGAAGUGCAGGAAGGCUGUGACAGACUUCACAUCGGAAGUGUAUUACGAUCUUGAGAAACGCCCGGGCGUAUCAAACUUGAUCCUGCUUCACAGUUUAUCUGCUGGAAUCACAGUGGAUGAAGCUGUGCAAUCUGCGCAAGGACUCGACACCGGAAAAUACAAACUGCACGUUGCUGAAGCGGUUAAUGAACAUCUAAAGCCUAUUCGUGAAACAUAUUCGGCGCUAAUGAAUGAUCGCCAUCAUCUCCGCGAAGUUCUGUCAGAGGGUGCUCAAAAUGCCCGAUCGUUGGCUUCCGAAACUUGGCAGGCUGUUCGGUCUAUAGCGGGUCUGUCGCAAAUGGCAGCUUCGUGCCAAGCUGGUAUUUGUUCUUGCGCGCGCAACUACGUGUUAUUUUAUGCUGUGAAGACAUGUCGGGUGCUCGUAGAGUUUUUCGCGAAAAUUUUGUUUUCGUUGCUGCUGCUCUUCCGAAAGAAACGAACUGUUCAUCCUGUGAAAAAUGAACUUCUUCUUGAUGGAGCUGUUACUCUUGCACGCAAGAUACGAACGAAAGAGGUGUUAUGCGUUACAGUUGUCGAAGCGUACAUUGAAAGAAUUCAUCAAGUCAAUCCGUAUCUCCGGUGCAUUUCGGAUACUCGAUUUUUGGAUGCUAUCCUUGCUGCGCAAAAAGUCGACGAACUGCUGAAAAACGAUAAUUUGAACUUAGAAGCUGUCAAGAAGGAUACUCCUUUUCUUGGUGUUCCUUUCACCGUGAAGGAGGCAUUGAAAUUGAAGGGUUGUGCAAGUACUGUUGGUCUUCUGCGACUAGCUGAUCAUAAAGCGGAGGAAGAUGCUGACGCUGUCAUUUCAUUGAUCGAAGCAGGAGCAAUUCCACUUGGCACCACCAGCAUCCCAGAAAUGUGUAUGUGGUGGGAGACCUACAAUUUGAUAACUGGGCUUACCAAGAACCCCUAUGAUACUCGUUAUUCUGCUGGGGGCUCUUCAGGAGGCGAAGGAAGUGCAAUCGCGGCAUGUGCAUCUCCAAUGGGCCUGGGUACAGAUCUCGGAGGAUCAGUGAGGAUUCCGUCUUUGUUCAACGGAAUCUGCGGGCAUAAAGGUUCUCCUGGGCUGGUUUCUAGCGGUGGACACUGUCCGGAUCUUUCCGGGGAAAUGAAUGAAUAUUUUAAUGUUGGUCCCAUGGCACGGUAUGCUGAAGAUGUUCUUGAAAUGUUCAAAGUACUCACAAGAAAGUGUCCCAAAGGACUUCAGUUGGAUCGGAAACUCGAUCUCAAGAAACUCAGAUACUUCACCUUCGAUGGGUUUGGUGACCCACUGAUCCACGAAACUGAUCGUGAUAUGAAGAAUGCUUUGAAGAAAGUGAUCGAGCACUUGAAAGCUGUCCAUUCGGUUGAAGUCAAGAAGGUGCAGCUGAAGAAUAGUGGACAUAUAGCCACCAUGUGGGGUUACAAAAUCGCGCAGGCGACUAAGCACAACGAGGAGCUUCUCCUGAUUAACUCGAUGGGCGAUCAAGCGGGGUCUACGUCUAUUCUGCGGGAAUGGCUGAAGUUUAUCAGGAGCAAAUCCCAGCAUACGUAUCCACUCUUGUAUCACGCCUCACUCCAGAGAUUAAUGUUCAAACUGGUUGAUUCCAGUUUUGGAAAAUUUAUGGAUGAAGCCUACGAGAAUCUUUCAGCGGAGUUGUUGGAUUUACUUGGGGAAGAUGGAGUGCUUUUGUAUCCAACAUUUCCGCAUAAAGCGCUUCCGCACAAGCAAUCCUACUUUUUCUCAUGCAGUCACGGGCACAGUGGGAUGGCCAAUAUAUUGAAAUUGCCUGCCACUCAUCUCCCUGUUGGGUUCUCUGAUGGACUGCCGCUGGGAAUUACGAUCAUGGCUGGACGUGAUCAAGACGCCAUCACUCUAGGCUUAGCUUGUGCGUUGGAGAAAGGUCUCGGCGGAUAUGUUCCACCUUCUGAUGUGAACUAA